CGUCAAUGGUCUGCUGCGGCCAGAGCUGCUCUUCCAUGCUGAUGCUACAGUACCUUCGGCACUGAACGGACCACCAGUGCUGCGGCAGGCAUGGCACUUUGCAGUAGCAGUACUACCAGGUAGUACCAAUUGAUUUCCCCGGGGUCGGGGACGGACCCCUCAACUUUGGGAAGGAACGAAGCAUGAGAGGCAACUUGAGGUGUCGCCCCGGUCCAGAGGCGCUGCUGCUUUCCGACAUGCUGCUCUCCGUUUUGUCCCCGGUCGCCAGCGAUCCUUCCAACCUACCUACGCCGCAUGCUUCCAGUGCGUCCCCCUCAUCGUCAACCCGCUCCGACCCUUGUUCUCGUGGCGCCCCGUUAUGGCGCGCUGCUCAUUCUCAUCGGACUUUCGUGCUGCAUCUACCCCACACCCAACCACACCCAGAAGGAGCAGCAACCCGCCUCUGCGUCGUCAUGAGGUGAGGUUGGGGGGGUCUUUGACCACACGGCUGCCCACUGAGAGGGGCCCAGGGCUUGAGGCCAAGGCCGCCAUCGUCGUCGCCAGCGAGGGGACAACAGUCGUUGGCGUGACCGCGCAGCUUGAGCUGCAGGUUGGCCGCCUUCUGUCUUUCUAUAUUUUGGAAGCCUGGCUGCCGAACGCCGUGGCCGCUGACUGGGCUGGCAGGGCAGGCGACAGGCAGAACGCGCCGCCAACUGGCGCCGUGUACCCGGUCGCAACGAAGGUUCUCUCAUGCACACACGGACCGACCAGACCAGACCAGGCCAGACGGGGCUUACGUCAAUGCACCAACAUGGAAGGGCUUCGCGCGCUGCUGCAGCCUUCAGGUCACGAUUGCCCGCCGCCCUCCAACAUCGACAACCACCCCCAACGCUCCAACGGACUGGACGGCGCCUUCUCAUUGGGGCCACCCGGCAGAGUCGGCAACGCCGUUUCCAGCUUCCAGCGCACCUGCUGGACCCGGCUAUCGGAUCGCCGUCUUGCUGGCGGUGAUGAUUGAUGCGCCUGCAAAGGUGAUUUCCGACCGGCACGGCGCUAAUGGCGCAUGUUGGGGUCUGACGGGUGUUUGUCAAUUGCCCGUGGUCACGAUGAUGAUGAAGAGCAUGAUGAUGCGCGCGCUCGUCGUCUUUUAGGAGGCGCGCGCGCCACGGUGAUGCACGUGGCGUGUGAUGAUGCGCGCGCGCGCUGCGCAGACACGUUACGAAGUGUUACUUCUAGGACAAGUAGUUACAGUUCUACCGAGCAACACGACCGCGCAGCUUGACAAGUUGCGUUUAGCUGCUGCACCCGGCCGACCCGAGCGUGCGAUUGACAGGCCCAACUGACGGUUGCACACAGCUUGUCCGAGUCGGCAGCUCGUCAUGCGGACAGGUGGCGCAAAGGAUGAUGGCGCUGUGUUGCCCUCGCCGGGCCAGGCGGCCAACACAUUUCUGUUCAUUGUACUUUGUACUUUGUACAUGUGUAUACCCCGCCAAGGCGGAGAUGGCUUCUUCUUGUCCUGCAAACAACU